UGGCAAAAUCACUGGGUCAAGUGUUAUAAAGCCGCUUUCGGAGAUGAAAUGUUCGACGCAGCCUCGAAUUCCGAGUUUCCCAUUCCAAUGCCACCUCCCAAUGCGUUUGGGUUGCUGGUGAUGCAGUUGAAGAUUGCUUUCAUGUUCGUGUUUGGCACUCUGAUGCAGAAAAGGCGCCCGACCCAUCCAGUCGGUGUUGGUGCGAUCGGGCAAUUCACCGUCAUCGAGAACAGUAAGGUGCCCAAAAAUGCUUUCUUUACGAAGGGCAAGACGAUGCCAAUCAUCUUGAGGCACUCGAACGCCGUCGGCGUGAAGCUCGCCGACUCGGAAAUGUAUGACGACGCAUCUCUUGAGAUUCGAGGUUGUGCGCUGAAGUUCUCAAAUGCCGUCGACGAAAGUCCAUUCGAUCUGCACCUGAACACUGGUGAAUUCGCUGGAUUUUUCAACUUGGAUUCGUUUCUUCCGUUCGUAUUUCAAAUGGCGACGUUUAACGACUCCGCUUACAAGGCAUGGGGAAUGAAGUAUCCCACAGGCAUUAAGGCUGGUAUCGGCGGGGUGCGAAGGGCACCCGACUCGUACUGCGAUUUACAUUAUUACUCGCAGACUUGUCGCGAAUUCCAUGCUUUGGAUGGCAAAAAGCGAUACUGCAAGUUCAGACUCGUUCCAUACGGAGCUGGCCCUGGGACGGACGUCGGUCAAGAGCCGUUCUUGCCUGACGAGGCUGACCAGAACCUGAUCGCAACGACACAUAUGAUGAAAUAUCGUCGACUACCGAACGAGAAACGUUUGCCUGACUAUCUGCGAAACGAGUUCUGCACCAAGGUGGCGGGCGAAGCCGUGAGGUACCGACUUCAAAUCCAGUUAUAUGAGGCCACUUCUUCGGAUACCGCGGAAAUUUUCAACCCCAACAAAGCUUGGGGGACUGAAUUUCUCGACGUUGGAGUCGUGAGACUUCACGCCGCACUCCCGCAACACUCGGUUGAGAAUUUAUCGUUCGGUAUGAAUCGUACUCCGGCUUGCAUGCCUCUCACUCGACCAAUCAACUCGCAAGACUAUAACUCCUUGAACUGGACGCGUGCGGUGGUUUACGAGACGUCAUAUAAAAUUCGCCGCGUUUUCACCCGCGGACGAAAAGACGUUUACGCUCCUGAAGCGUCAAAAAAGUAUACGAUCAAAGUUACGACGCAUUCAAUCGCUGGGUCUGGAAUAGACGGUGAUGUGGUGCUACAAUUCGUCGGAACGCGUGGCGCUACGCCCAAAAUCGUCCUGCAUGAUCUCGGUGACUCCUUCGCAACUGGAGCAAUCAGCACGCACUUCGUGCACGCCGACGAUAUUGGAGAGCCAGCUUACGCCAUUAUUUCUCAAACCUCGAAAAGCUCUUGGAAUUGCGGUCGGAUAGAUGUGACGUUCACUUCGCAAAUUCCAACGAGUUUCACGUUGAAUGUGUGGCGAUACAUUGGCCAAGGUGUCCGAUUCGUUCUUCCGUGCUCCAUUACGCCGACAACAAGCUUGGCUUGUCGCCAACUGAUCGCCGAUGCGACUGAACAGUACCUUUCGUUCAUGAAGAAGGAAUUCGAUUGGUCGAAUGGUUCGUACUUGCCAAAUCAUAGCACAUAUGACGACCACUCAAAGCUCCCCAUCACGGAGCAAUUCAGCUCAACAAAAUACAAGGACUUCUUUGUCGAUACUUUUGUGGGAUUCGAAAAUAAAGGCGUCGCCGAAAUGAUCAAGGACGAAGAAAUUAAAUCGCUGGAUGACUACUAUCGCCUUUACGCUUCUCUCCCCCCUGUUGCAAUCAUCAGAGACUGGCGUUCGGACGAGGAGUUUGGUCGUCAAUUUAUGAAUGGAACACAUCCAAAUCAAGUGCGCAAAGUGUCUCAAAUUCCAGCCAAGUUUCGCGUCACCGAAGAACAUGUAAGAGGCGUUUUACCUCCAGGCAAAACGCUCGAAAGCGAGUUGGCAGCAGGGCACAUAUUCAUGGUUGACUAUGAAAUCCUUGAGGAUAUCAAGCGCGGUCAAGGCUACUGCGUCGAGAACUCCAUGGCUCUCUUCUUUGCGGACAAGAGCACGGCACUUCGCCCAAUCUGCAUCCAGCACUUUCAGUCUGGUGCUAGCGCGCCGGUAUGGACUCCAAAAGAUGGCGAGUACGAGUGGCUCCUCGCAAAAGCGCACUUAAUGUGCUCUGACGGAAACGUACAUCAGAUGAUAUCGCACCUAUUGGGCACGCACUUGCUCAUGGAACCGUGGUCCGUCUGCGUCGAAAGAACUCUUCCAAGAAACCAUCCUGUGUACCGGGUAUUGCGUCCUCAUCUCAUCUACGUGAUUGCCAUCAAUACCCUUGGGCGGUCGUUGUUAAUAUCUCCGGGAGGAGUUACUGAUCGCGUCGUAGCAGUUGGCCAAGGAGGUCACAUGGACUUGAUGAGCAAAGCGUACCAGAGAUUUAAGCUUGACGAUUUGCACGUUCCGACCUCCUUUAAAAAACGUGGCGUGCUAAGUGAGGGAGAUUUGAGAGGUUAUCAUCAUCGUGACGACUCGUUGCGAGCAUGGGCCUGUCUUCGUCGUUUCGCUAAAAGCAUCUUCAAGCUGCACUACACGUCUGACGCGGAAGUUGCCGCCGAUCCAUACAUACAGAGCAUGAUUCUUGAGAUGCAAGGCUAUGGAUACCAAGGCACGGACAGAAGUCAGCACGGUGUGCCGGGUAGUAUCGAUUCAAUCGAUCAACUUGUUGAUAUCUGCACGUCAGUGAUGUACACGUGCUCUUUUACUCACGCCGCAGUCAACUUCAGCCAGUGGGACUAUUACUCUUAUUGUCCAAAUCGUCCGCUCAUCAUGCGCAAGCCUGCGCCGACGAAGAAGGUUCCGGUGACGGAAAAAGAUGUUAUCGACGCGCUGCCGAGCGUCGGUCAAGCGGCGCAGACGAUGGCGACUGGCUGGACGCUUUCACAGUUCUCAAAAGAAGAGGUUUUUGUCGGACAUUACAUCACUGACAUGAUGAUUACGCCGGCUGAAAUCGCCGCUCUCCAAGAUCUCCGUUCUGAGCUGCGUGCCAUGGGACGCCAGAUCGAAAACCGCAACGCAAAGCUUGGAGUAAAGGCAUAUCCUUACAUGCACCCAGAACGCGUGCCGAGCAACAUUGGUGUGUAAAGCCACUGUUGCGUCAAAAUUCCAAAAAUCGGUGGGUGAACCAACUCACCACGAGCAAGACUUCCCGCCGCGAGCCUGCGGCCUAUUCGUAGUUUUGGAUACAUUCCCAACGAUAGCGCGUUUAUCGUGCGAUAACGCGUUUGUCGCGCUACCAGU